AUGGCGCCCCGGGCGGGAGCCCCAGGCUGGCUCCGGCUCCUGGCCGCCCUGAUGCUCCUGGGCCCCACAGCCCUCUGCACUGCUGAACUGCCUGCGCCCCCGGCCUGCGGGAAGCCCCAGCAGCUGAACCGCAUCGUGGGGGGCGAGGACAGCAGGGACGCCGAGUGGCCGUGGGUCGUGAGCAUCCGCAAGAACGGAACGCACCACUGCGCAGGCUCCCUGCUCACCCGCCGCUGGGUGGUCACCGCCGCCCACUGCUUCAAAGGGACCCUGAACAAGCCGUCCCAGUUCUCUGUGCUGCUGGGGGCCUGGCAGCUGGGGAACCCCGGCCCGCGGGCGCAGGAGGUGGGCGUCGCCUGGGCCUACCCCCACCCCGUCUACUCCUGGAGGGAUGCCACGCGGGCCGACAUCGCCCUGGUGCGCCUGGAGCGCCCCGUCCACUACUCGGAGCGCGUCCUGCCCAUCUGCCUGCCCGACGGCGCCGUCCGCUUCGCCCCCGACACCGACUGCUGGAUCGCGGGCUGGGGCAGCGUCCGCGACGGAGUGCCCCUGGCCCCGCCCCGCACCCUGCAGAAGCUGCGGGUGCCCAUCAUCGACGCGGACGUGUGCGGGCGGCUGUACUGGCGCGGCGCGGGCCAGGGGGCCAUCACCGAGGACAUGCUGUGCGCCGGCUACCUGGAGGGCCAGCGGGACGCCUGCCUGGGCGACUCCGGGGGACCCCUGAUGUGCCAGGUGGAGGGCACCUGGCUGCUGGCGGGCAUCAUCAGCUGGGGCGAGGGCUGCGCCGAGCGGAACCGGCCCGGCGUCUACAUCAGCCUGGCGGCGCACCGCGCCUGGGUGCAGCGGGUGGUGGGGGGGCGCGCAGCUCGGCGGGCGCGGCGCGGGGGCCGGGGGGCGCCCCCGGGAGGCGCGGGGACCGCGCCGCUGACGCGCACCUGCGCCUCUGGCCUCCGGGGGGCGCCCGCGAACCGCGCAGGAUCGCCCCGUGGAGCCCGCCCCCCGGCCCGCCCCCGGCCCAACGCGGCCCAACACGGCCCCCUCCUGGCCCGCCCCACGGCCCCCCCCCCCCCGGCCCCGGCCGCAGAGGCCGCCCCGGAUUAG